CUUGGACUAUGGAAAGAAGCGCGGCUGCACCAGAGAGGAGAGAGAAAAGGAGCGACUGAAGCACAAGUACAAGCGAGAGUUCAAGGGCGCUCUGAGGGAGAUCAGGAAGGACUCACGCUUCCUGGCCAGAGAAAAGCUCAACGAAACCAUGAGCAGGGAUGCGGAGAGGAAGAGGAAGGUGAAGGUGCUCCUCGGCAGUUUGGCCACUCAGGAGGGAGAAUGGAAAGCCCUGAAGAGAUUAAAGAAACGAAAUCCAAACGUGUAGUUUUUACUGGGUCUCUCCAUCAGAAACU